AGGCACACGUGUCCCACAGGGGUGACUUGUGUCAUAGAUGGGGGCUCAUCAUGGCUCCCAGCUGCUGGGUCCCUGCCAUUUUGGCUCUGGGAGGAAAGAGACUCACCAAAGAGGCUUCUCAGUCCUGGGGCUCCUGCCCCCCCCCCCACCUGUGGGUGGGACGUGCAGCUGCCAGAAACAGUGGACACAGAACGAGGCUCUCCAGCCACCCCUCCGGGGUGGACAGGCAGAGAUGUCAACCAGCUCUUGUUUCUGAUGCCAUGGCCCAGCACAGGAGGCCAUGGGUCCCCUUCCACACUCCCAGAAAGGAGCAAGGCCAGGCGCCACAGGAUGGCGGAGCUGCCCGCACCAGCAGAUUUGCCCUGGUUAUAGAGAAGUGAACGGCACAGCCCAGAAGGGACAUCUGGCUGUGUGAGCAGUAGAAAUGGGGUGGAGACAUUUGGUGAGGUACUUUUUUGAAUCCCCUUUUAGACAGCAUUGUUAGAUAAACAUCCUUCUCAAUGAUAAAAGCCAAGUCAUUUCUGGUCCUUUUCCUGGAAGAGGUUUUUGCGGCUGUUGAGUUACAGGAACAACAAUCAGAGCCCAUUUUCUGGGCAUGGAGCCCAGGGCUGGAAGGGAGGCUCUCGAGAACAUCUGUUCGGCUUGAUAGAUCGAUGCCAGCGUGGUGGUGCAUGUUCGUGUCUGUGUUUCUCCUCUGCUGACUCAUGGCAUUGAAGCCUCUGGAAACACCCCACCCUCCUAGCCAGUCUGUUUACGCACACCCUCGGGCUCCUCCCUAAUGCAAAUGUUAGGUCACGAGGAAGAAGGAAAAACAAAUUCAAGAGCUGCUCUGAAGCAUCUAGAAUUCUUUGCAUCCUACCUCUUGAGAAAAGAGACUGCCUUGAGGUCUGACUCAGCCCAAUACAAGCUGGGCACUCCUCUUAAAGCACCGACCUUCUGUAAGCCUUUGGCUAAAACUGGAAGAAAAGAGUCCACAAGGACGGUGACCAAGCCGGACGCAGGGGACUGACAGUUAUCAAGAAAGACAUAAAAAUGGCAGACGUGAGGACCCACGCGCAAGCGGACCCUGAGAUUGAGCUUUUUGUCAAGGCUGGAAGUGAUGGGGAGAGUAUCGGAAACUGUCCCUUUUGCCAACGGCUCUUCAUGAUCCUCUGGCUUAAAGGCGUUAAAUUCAAUGUGACGACUGUUGAUAUGACCAGAAAGCCUGAAGAGCUGAAGGACUUAGCCCCAGGUGCCAAUCCUCCCUUUCUGGUGUAUAACAAGGAGUUGAAAACAGACUUCAUUAAAAUUGAAGAGUUUCUAGAGCAGACUCUGGCUCCUCCAAGGUUCCCCCACCUGAGUCCCACGAACAAGGAGUCCUUCACUGUGGGCUGUGACCUCUUUGCCAAGUUCUCUGCAUAUAUCAAGAAUACGCAGAAGGAAGCAAAUAAGGAUUUCGAAAAAUCUCUACUCCGAGAACUGAAGCGUCUGGACGACUACCUGAACACCCCGCUCCUGGGUGAAAUAGACGCAGACAGCGCUGAGGAGCUCGCGGUCUCCAGGAGAUUGUUCUUGGACGGGGACCAGCUGACACUGGCCGACUGCAGCCUGUUGCCCAAACUGCACAUUAUUAAAGUUGCUGCCAAGAAAUACCGUGACUUUGACAUCCCAGCAGAGUUCUCGGGGGUGUGGCGCUACCUCCGCAACGCCUAUGCCCGGGAGGAGUUUGCCCACACGUGCCCUGAAGACAAGGAGAUCGAGCACACCUAUGCCAGCGUGGCCAAGCAGAGUUAGGGCGGCUCCUUCCACAGAAAACGCCCCUUUCUUGUCAUAUUUCACUCAUCGCUGCAUUAGAAAACCUUUAGGAUAUAAGGAUACAAAAAUGCUAUUUUCUCUAGCUCAGGCCCUCCUGAACAGCAAUGCUAUGUUUUCUGCAUUGAGUCAGCGCAGCCACUGCGGGCUGUGUCUGCAAGGCCUUCUUGUUUUCGCUUCAACUUCUUUGCUCUCGUCUCAAAUGACACACCAUCAGCAGCAACUUUUGCUCUUUGAUUGAGUCCCUAAAAUGCAUCAUGUGUAAGCUCAGAUGUCUGAGGCCCACCUACUGCUUACAAACUUUCUAACAAAACUGGCAAGCUGACCACAG